AUGGGCUUCAGAUUUCCAAUUAAGACAAAACUUCCCUCAGGGUUCCUAAAUGCCAGACUAAUUAAGGACCACUUCAAGAGGCAGCAAGUAGCGGAAAAUGAAGUCACUGUGAAAGCUCUAAAAUACAUAUCUAGAAACACUACUUUGCCACAGAAGCUGAGAAUGGAGGCCCAACUUCAGUUAAGUGCCAUGCCAAACUAUACCAGAGCCACACAGGUGAGAAAUAGGUGUGUGCUAACCGGUCAUUCGAGAUCUGUGCUCAGUGACUUUAGAUUGUGCAGAACACAAUUUAGAGAAAAGGCUAGAAACGGUGAAUUACCAGGUGUGAAGAAAGGUGUUUGGUAA